AUGGAGAGAGGAGAAGGAGACGGAGGCGAGGAGAGGAAGGAGUCAGGGAGAGUGCUGAAGAGAAGAAAGAGGAAGUGGUGGAGGAGGAUGGUCUCUUUCUUCAGAGCUGACAGUAAACAGGGAGAGGAGAAGCAGAGGGAUGAGGGAGAGGAGAGGAAGGUAGCAUGGGCAGGAAGAAGUAGUGAUGACUACAUCUUCAGUCACUACACUAUUGGUGAUCAGCUGGGGAAAGGUGGUUUUGGUGUGGUGUAUGAAGGGAGACGUCUGGAGGAUGAUCUUAAAGUGGCCGUGAAAUACGUCACAAAGACGGAACACACUGAAUGUAUAUUCAUUCCUGAUCAUCCAAAGCCCCUUCCUAAAGAGGUCGCCCUCACCAUCCUGGCCAGUAAAGGUCCCCGUGUGCCUGAGAUCAUCCGGCUGCUGGACUGGCAGGACCGCCCUGACCACUUCGUCAUGGUCCUCGAAUGUCCCUCUCCAUGUGAGGAUCUGAUCCGGUUCAUGAAGCGUCACGGUGGAAGACUCGAUGAGGAAAAGGUACGGCACAUCAUGAGGCAGACGGUUCACGCUGCCAACGUGUGCUGCGAUCGCAGAGUUCUCCACCGUGACAUCAAACUGGAAAAUCUCCUCAUCAACAUGGAGACGUCUGAAGUCAAGCUGAUAGACUUCGGGUGUGGGGACAUUCUGAGGAGUUCGGUGUACAGGUCAUACUCCGGCACAUCAGCGUACUGUCCUCCCGAGUACCGUGCCAAGGGGAAGUACCAUGGCAGGCAGGCGACGGCAUGGUCACUAGGGAUUCUGAUGUUCGUCAUGUUAUGUGGACAUUUCCCUAGUGACUAUGACCUGAUGCUCCUGAAACAGAAGCUCUGGUGCAAACCCAACCUGUCUCCAGAAUGCUGUCGCCUCCUCGGGUCUCUGCUAAAGGAGAAGCCGAGCCAGCGACUCAGUCUGGGGAUGAUUCUGUCCCACAACUGGUUUAAGGUCGCCACAUAAGAGCCCCUUUUUAUUUUCAAUCCAAUUGCAGGGCCUCGAAAGAGACCUUCAUUGUU